UAAAAAAUAAAUGCUUUCUGAAACUGUGCAGAGGCUGAAGAGGGCCAGGACAGCAGUCUGCAAGCAUGGCUCAAAACAGAACAUCGUCUACAGAGAGCUCUUGGGAAAUCUUCAGGAAGUACCGCAUAGACCAAGAGGUGGGCUUUGCUCUGCCAAAUCCACUGGAGGAGCUUCCUGAGAAAUAUAAUGCUUGGAUUUUGACUGCUAAAAACUUGACGGAACUGAUUGAGGCCGGCCAACUUCGUGAAGAAGUCGAGAAGCUCCCGAUGCUCAGCACUGAUGACCUUCAGGAAUAUGAGCAGCAGUGCCUCGCACACUUAGCCUUGGGCUGCAUUACCAUGGCCUACGUGUGGAACCGGGGGGAUGACGAUGUCCAGAAGGUUUUGCCCAGCAACAUUGCUGUGCCCUACUGCGAGCUCUCCGAGAAGCUGGGCCUGCCUCCCAUUCUGGUUUAUGCAGACUGCGUGCUGGCGAACUGGAAGAAGAAGGACCCCAGUGGACCAAUGACCUAUGAGAAUAUGGACAUUCUGUUUUCAUUUCCUGGUGGAGACUGCAGUAAAGGUUUUUUCCUGAUUUCUCUGCUGGUGGAGACAGCAGCUUUUUCUGCAGUUAAAAGAGUCCCCACUAUCCUAAGCGCAGUGCAGCAUCGGGACAAGGAAAGCCUGCGACAAGCGCUGCUGGACAUCGCCGACUGCCUGAGGAAGGCCCGGAAAGUGUUCGAGGAGAUCCACGGGUAUGUGGACCCAGAUCUAUUUUACAAUGUUCUUCGCAAAUAUUUGUCUGGCUGGAAAGGCAACCCCAAGCUGCCUGAUGGCCUGCUAUAUGAGGGUGUCUGGGAUGAACCGAAGCAAUUUGCAGGAGGCAGCGCAGGACAGAGCAGCAUUUUUCAGUGCCUUGAUGCUCUUCUGGGCAUACAGCAGACCACAGGUGGAGGACCUGCAGCUGAGUUCAUCAAGGAGAUGAGAACAUACAUGCCCCCUGCACACCAGGAUUUCCUCCGUUUCUUGGAGACCUGCCCGUCAGCCCGUGAGUUUGUCCUCUCCAGCGAUGAUGCUGACUUGAAGGAGGCUUAUGAUAAUUCUGUACAAGCUCUGGUCUCCCUGAGAAACUACCAUUUGGGAAUAGUGAAGACCUACAUUCUGGAUCCCGCAAAAAUGCAGUCUGGGGAAGAGAAAACCGAGCAAGUGGGCCAGGAACACAGAGGAACGGGAGGUACAGACUUCAUGAGUGUCCUGAAAACUGUCAGAAUGAAAACCAUGCAGUCGCUUUUGAAGGAUCGUUAGCUCAACCCUAGCAAGGGUGUCAGCAACUCGCAGAAAUCUGCGCCUGUUCCUGUAACUGCUCAUUAUAUCAAACUUGUGAAUUAAUACCAUGAAAAAUGUGCUGGGGAUGUGGGGUAAAAGAUUUUAAACCGUUUCUGUGUUCUGUGAAAUUUUGGUAGGAAAUUGUGAAAAGAUAAUUAAGCAAGAAUGUGAAAGAUAAUAUUAGAUACUUUUGAGCUGUACUAUUGAAAUACAACUAUUAAAUUAUAUAAGUAGAAAUCAUACAAUAGCUAGCAAAACUUGCUUCCUUUUUAAUUCUAAUUAAUUGUCCCUCCAGAGGAAAUCUACUCCUCACCCUAACCCUCAGAGGGCUAAUAAAUUCCUGGAUUUGAAGAUGUUAGCAUCGUAUUUUCUCAUUGCUGCCUGUUUGUGAGAUACAGUGAGCUCCAGGAUGCCAGAGACCUUAUGGUUCAUCAGACUCAGCUCUUAUAAGGUGCUUAAAGCUGGCCAUCUGAGUAACUAUUUGAAGGUUAACAAUGUGAAAUAUAAUUACUAGUGUGGAUUUCCUUCUGUCUUGUCCCUGUUUUGUUUCUUUCAAUUGUUCUGUUUUAUUCCCUUUGAAAUAAAAUUUUAAAAGAAAUAUUAAUAAAAGACACUUGAAAACCUGUUAAA